AUGGAACAUCAAGAAAGACUAGAAGCUAUGAUAAAUGAACAAAAGGGUCAGAUUGCGAAAAUAAUAUCAAGAUUGGAAAAUCUAGAUACUCUGACUGAAGUUGAAGUGAAAGAUGGCAAAGGCAAAGGAAAAAAUAAAGGGAAAAAGUCAGAAGAAUUUUAUCAAGAUACAAUCAAAAAACUUGCUCAUGAACUAUUUCAUGAGCACCAACAAAUGUUGCGUCAUAGAGAUAUUUUGUUCGAUCAAUUAUGGAAUGAAAAAUUAUGUUCAAGUCUUCUUAAUGCAAAUCAUGUAAAGAAAGGGUAUUAUGUAAGAAGAUUAAAGGAGAGGAGUGAAAGUGUUAGAAAAGUUCACGAGGAUUUGUACAUGCCGAGCAACCCAGAUGAUCCAUCAUCUGAUACUUAUAUCACAUUAAUCAUUAAAUCUAUUUUCACAUUCGAAAAAGAGCGUACACAAAAAAAUGACAUUUGGACUCAAUCAGUAUUGGAGGUUAUAUUCGACGAGAAUUACCUUUCGACAAAAAUUGAUUCAGAUAUUGUUGAAUCCUGGACUGAAAAUUUAAUAGACGUGGAAGCGGGCUCAGAAAAUAAUGAUUAUUCGCCUAAUAGUGAAGCACUGACGCAUA